AUGAUUGCUUGGAUUAUGGAAUGUGUCUCGACUGUCUCUUUUUCUUUGUGCAUUAAUGGUUCUCUUCAUGGUUUUUUUAGUGGUAAAAGAGGGCUGAGACAAAGUGAUCCAUUAUCGCCUUAUUUGUUCACUUUGGUUAUGGAAAUUCUCACUUUAAUGCUACAACGUGCAGUUAGGAAUUCUGAAGUGUUCAGGUUUUACCACCAGUGUGAGGAGGAGCAUAUUAUUAAUUUAUUCUUUGCUGAUGAUUUAUUCAUUUUUGUACAUGGUGAUGUAGCUUCAACACAGGUCAUUCAGACUACUUUUGAGGAAUUUAAGCAUGCUUUUGGGUUGGCACCUAGUCUCCCUAAAAGCAAUGCUUUCUUUUGCAAUGUGUUGAAUCAUGUGAAGAUUGGGAUUUUGAACGUCAUGCCUUUUGUGGGGGGAAAUUUACCGGUAAAAUAUCUUGGCGUCCCUUUGGUUUCGACAAGGUUGAUAUAUCAGGACUGUAAAGAGCUUGUUGACCGAAUUGAAAGAAGGGUAAGUGACUGGAAAAACAAGUUUCUUUCAUUUGCAGGUCGUUUACAACUUACUCAAUCGGUAUUAUCCUCCAUGCAUGUUUAUUGGUCUACUGUUUUCAUAUUACCUGCUCGUGUCAUCCAUGACAUUGAACAAAUUAUGAGGAACUUCCUAUGGUCCCAAGGAGAGUACAAAAGAGGAAAAUCCAAGGUAGCUUGA